GAGGACGCUCUCUGCUCGUCGGCGGUGCACAGCGGCAUCUUGCGGCUGCACGCGGCGGCGAAGGUGGGUGACGCGACCACUGCAGAGGCGAUCGCGUCCAGAUUGAAGGCCAAGGGCAUGCAGUUGCCAGUGGUCGCAUACGGCGCGCUCAUCAGCGCACAUGCAAAGGCGGGCGACGCCAUGGGCGCGGAGCGCUGGCUGAACGAUCUCAUCAAAACGGGCGUCGGGAAGCCCAAUUCCAUUUGUGUAAACAUCACCAUCAGUGCCCACGCGAAGGCGGGCGACUUCCAGCGGGCAGCGCAAUGGCUGCUCAAAAUGCCGGAGCUAGGCGUCGAGCCCGACGAAAUGAGCUACAACGCCGUCAUCGACGCUUGUGCCAGGGCGGGCGACCCAGGCAGGGCUGAAAGAUGGUUGCAGACAAUGUGGGAGUCUUCAGUGAGUCCUAACGUUGUCAGUUAUUGUUCCGUCAUUCACGCGUGCGGAAAGGCUGGGGAGAUGACCCGCGCGGAGGCUUGGCUGGAACGCAUGCGAAGCGACGGGGUGGAGCCAAAUGCAAUCUGCUACAACGCGGUGAUUCAUUCGUGCGCCCGCGGCGGGGAUAGCGAACGCGCCGCCGUGUGGGUCGAGCGCAUGAUCGCCGACGGCGUUCAGCCGACGGUGAACACGUACAGCACUAUCCUUGACAUUCUCUCCAAGAAGGGCGACAUGGAAGCCGCAGAUAAUUGGCUCCAGCGCAUGGUACGGCAAGGGAUCGUGGACGAGGUGAGCUACAACAUGUUUCUGGGCGCCUGCAACCGCAUCGGCGAUGUGGACAGGGCGCUCGCCUGUUUCGCGGAGAUGCGCGCACGAGGAGAUAAGCCUAACACGAUGAGCUACAACCUCUUGCUCAACAUGCACGCCCGAAAGGCCGAUAUCGAGGGCGCAGUACGGUGCAUGGACGAGAUGCAACAGGACGGCGUCGUCGCCGAUAAGAUCAGCUACAACACAAUCAUCAAGGCCUUCACGCGAAGCGGCGACGCGGACGGUUCGGAGAGGUGGUACGGCAAGAUGGUCGCGGCUGGCGUGGAGCCCGACACCGUAACCUUCAACGCCAUUAUCGGCACCUGCGCCAGGGCCAAAGACGCCCGACGCGCAGAGAGUUGGCUGAAGUAUGUUAUCAGCGAGGGGGCCGUCCAGCCUGACUCUGUGAGCUACACCACGACCAUUGACGCCUGUUUGCGUGUAGGUGACGCCACGAGGGCCAACUAUUGGCUCCUCGCGAUGGAGAAGGCCGGUUUCCAAGCCAGCACCAAGGUCUACGGCAUGUUGGUGCACGCGCUUGUGAAGUCUCGCCGCGUGUCGGACACCGAGGAUGUGUUUCAGAGAAUGCAGGCUGCGGGCGUCGUCCCGACGAACUCCAUGUACAACAGCCUGAUAGGCGCAUGCGCCAAGCAGGGAGAGACUAGCAGGGCUGAGUGGUGGCUCGAGCAGAUGCUCGAGACGGGCGUCGAGGCCGACGUGAUCAGCUAUUCCACACUGAUCCACGCGUGCGCCAAGAGCAGCGACCUCCGCCGAGCCGAGGGCUGGAUGGCGCGCAUGCAAACAGCGGGCGUGAUGGGCAACGUGGUCACGUACAAUUGCUUGAUAAACGCUUGCGCGCGUGCAGGAGACGGAGUGCGCGCAGAGGAGUGGCUGAGCACGAUGCAAGACGUGGGUCUCCAACCGUGCGCGCUCACCUACAACUCUGUGAUCAACGCUUCCGCGAAGGCUGGCGACAUUGUCCGCGCUGAGAAGUGGUUGUCGGAGAUGCGGCGGCGGGGCGUCAAGCCAGACUGCGUGAGCUACAGCACGGUGAUCCACGGGUGCGUGAAGGCAAACGAGCUGCCGCGCGCUGAGGGCUGGCUCAUGGCCAUGAGGGCCGCUGGGGAGCCCCCCAGCCAGUUCUGCUACGACACCGUGAUCCAGGCCUGCACCCACGCGGGCCACAUCGCAAAGGCGGAGCGCUGGCUGGACGAGGCGCUGAGCGUCGACCUGACCCCGUGCCCCAACUCCUUCGUGGGCCUCAUCAGCCGGUGCGCCCGUGCCAGCGAGCUCGACAGGGCCGAGAAGUGGCUCCUGCGCAUGGAGGCGGCGGGCCUCGACGGCACCGGCCCUCGCCAGGCGGUGGCCGCGGCAUGGUCGCGGCUGGGCUGCGACGCGCGGGGUGCAGGCCUGCUGGAGCGCGCCCAGCGCAGCAGGGAGCCGGCCCAGUGAGCGGGUGGCCGGCCCAGCUGGCGAGGGCCAGGUCCGAAGUUGUUUGGGCGCUUCGCGGGCGCCGGGCCUCCCGUCGUGGGCCGACAGGAGGAUCGGCCCUCCUUGGGCACCGAUUCGGCUUCGGGCCUCCCCCGCCACGCGCGCGGGGCGAGGGCGGCCAACUUCGGCGUCGCGCAGUUGGCGCGCUGCCGUAGGUGGACCAGCUCGGGGGACGCGGUCGGGAUGUGUUCUACGAACUAAACUGCGAGCGUUGGUAUCAGUACCAAUGAGGGUCAUCCGCCUCGAAGGUUUCCAGCGUGAGUGCGUUAAAGUCGUCUGUAAGGCAGGGUGUCCAUGCAUCGCCC